AACAAACUUGUGUAAAAUUCUGACAAAAAUUGACGAAAAAUAUAAAAAAAAUUAAAUGAAAAGUUGAAAAAUCCCGUAAAAUCGUGAUGAGUAAAGUUUCAAUCGACGAAAUUUGUCGUCUCUGCCUCGCCAGUGGACCAUUAACGCCAAUUUUUGAGGAUGAAGCGAACUUACCGGUGCGGAUUAUGGCUUGUUGUUCCCUCGAAGUCACCCAAACGGAUAAUUUACCGAAAUAUUUGUGCCUGGAGUGUCGUUAUCAGUUGGAUAAAACUUAUAUUUUCCGGAUGAAAAGCAAAAAUGCCGAAUCAAAGCUCAAGCGUCACAUUCGUCUCUUGAACGCGGGCAAGGUUUCUCAUGUUUUUGAGGAGGAAGAUGACUCCGACGACUAUGCCGAUGCCCUCGCUUACGUGCAACAGUACGAAGAAAACCUCAAAAGUGCCGAAAUGGACAAUUUACAAGACACGUUCGAGGGUCAGAUGAAGCAAUUGCGUGCCAGUGAAGCAAAAUUGCGCAUGGAACUGAAAAAAGCUCGCGAAGAAUUGGUCCGAAAAAUUCAUGAAAUCGAGGAACUUCAACAAGGAACGACCACUGAUGAGAAUUACGUCCUUGAAAUGCUGGAAGAUGAGCCAGAAACGAAAAUUUUGACGAGAAAACAAGCCGAAGCCACUGCAGGACCUUCGAAAAAGACGUCGGGAAGUCAAAAAUUGAUGGAAGUAAUGGAAGAAGACACGGAAGAUGCCUUUGUGAUGGAAGAUGAUGGCUCGCCGGAAGACGAUGAUGACCUUGAGACACGUUACGAAUGCGAUCCAGAGGAAUAUGCGGCAAUAGAAAAGGCUGUUCGAGCGACGUUAGGAAACCAACCAAAUUUCUCGAUAAAGACGAAUUUCCAGCUGAAACUCGAAAAACUCGACAGUUCACUGACAAAAGCGGAGGUAGUGACGGACGAUGGAAGCAUUUUGUUCAUGGAAUUCAACACGGAAAAUGUGGAAAAUGCCGCUGCAGAAUCUGCGGUGACGGGAGGCGCGACAAAAACCAGCGGAUCAUCAUCCGGAGGUAAUAUGUAUUACGAAUGUAACCAAUGUCAUAAAAUGUUUUCCAAAUACACGCAACUGAAGCGUCACAUUUCGUGUCAUAAGGUCGACGACGCCGAUAAUCGAGGCUUCAAGUGCUCCUAUUGCUCGAGAUGGUGUGCGACAAAGAGUUCUCUCGUGAGGCAUGAACGUAUACACACGGGCGAAAAACCUUUCAAAUGCGACAUUUGCGAGCGUUCCUUCGUGCAAAAGGAAAUCCUCAAACGUCACUAUCUCAUCCAUACCGGCGAAAAACCCUUUUCCUGCACACAUUCCGGCUGCAAAGAGCAAUUUCGUCAACGCGAACAACUAAAAGCGCACAUAAAUCGCGCUCACACCGCCAAUCCCGUCUUCGAGCUGCACAAAUGUUCGCUCUGCCCAAAAAGUUUCUGCCACGCCUCAGGCCUUAGUCGACAUCUCCUUUCGCACACCGGCAAGACCUUCGACUGCCAAAUCUGCCUCAAGUCGUACAGCGAUCGCAGCACGUUGCGACGUCACAUGAUCGCCAUUCACGAAGAGCCGACGUCGAAAAAGCGACAACGAAGGGAUGACGGCGGCGGAACAACGACGGAGACAGAUGACGACACCGUGUUGACGUUCGUCGAUAAACCAAAAAAUAUUCUGUGAGCACAUCGAAGCGCAAUAGUGAGCCACUUGUCAAAGUAUUUUUUUUUUUUUUAAUAUUAAAAUAAAGUUUUAUUUUUUCUUUUAAAAUAUCGAGAAAAAA